GGAAAUGAGGCUAAUUAUCCUGGAGCCGGAUUUUGGCCGAAUGGGUGGCGGUAAGAUCUUAUAUUGAAGAUAAUGUGUUGGAUUUUAAAUAAGUUGUUGGUGCAUUCAAGCGCUUACUUCAACAUCUGAAUGCUGUUUCGAAGUCACCAGAACUGACUACGCAGUUCCUCCGUAUACAGACGCAAGUUAGCUUCAAAGCAAGAUGAAGUGGCUCUCAAUCCUACUUCAGGCUGGGCUUUCCCAUGCCGCCCUUCGAUUCGGUUGUUCGACCGUAUCUAUCCAACGAUUAGAUCCGCUUGUUGAACCUGGUGCUAUCCCAUCAGCUCAUGUACAUCAGAUCGUCGGUGGAAAUGCCUUUAACGCGACUAUGACAGGGGACAUUGGGGAGCAGGGAAGCUGUACAACAUGCGCUUACACUGAGGACUUUUCCAAUUACUGGACCGCGGUGUUAUACUUCAGGCAUGAGAAUGGCUCUUACAAGCGUGUACCGCAGUACCCAAAUGCCCAAUUGGGUACCGAGGGUCGUGAUGCCCCUGAUAUCAAGGGAGGCAUGACGAUAUACUAUACCCAGAAGGACUUCGACGGUAAUGGCGACAAGUAUAUUACCGCAUUCCAGCCCGGUUUCCGAAUGACAGUCGGGAGUCCCACGACAAACACCCUCGAGGCUGCGAAGGCCAACAAAGGUCUUCGAUAUACUUGCCUGCAAACGAUAUUGACUCGAGGCUACGAAACUCCAGACUUCCCAAAGAAACCAUGCCCCGCUGGUAUAAUGGCAAUCCACCACUUCCCAUCAUGUUGGGAUGGCAAGAACCUCGACAGUCCCGACCAUCAGUCUCACAUGUAUAAUACUAAUCCAGGGGCUUUCCUAGAAGCGGGUCCAUGUCCCGCUUCCCACCCGGUCCGUAUGCCUCAGCUCGCGUACGAAACCAUGUGGAACACGACGCAGUUCGAUGACAUGUGGCCGAAAGACGGGUCGCAGCCUUUUGUAUGGUCGUAUUCAGAUAGCCUAGGCUACGGAACGCAUGCCGACUACGUGUUUGGAUGGAAAGGGGAUUCCCUGCAGCGUGCCAUGAACGACUCCUGCAUGUUCCACGCGUGUGGUAGCCCCGGAGCGCAAGGUAUACUGAAGACGCAGACGGUCGCCGAGAUGAACAAAUGCGCGGUUCAGAACACGGUCACGGAGGAUACUGAGGGUUGGCUUUCUGAGCUUCCGGGACAGAAGAUGCCGAUGAAGUUCACAGCGUGAUGUUCAGCAGGACUUCGGAUAGGAUAGGAUAGCUACCAGAAUGCUAUCGCUGACACUAUCGUUUCAAUUCAAGUGCUCUUGUCUUUACGCCAACGCA